AUGGUCCCGUGCGCCCAGGGUCGCGUCAUCGUCGAAACGGCGCGUCCGGCGCUUCCGUAUUUCGCCACGUGUACCAGUUAUCGUCGACAGGUGGCGAUAACCAGCACCCCGAUCGAGAUAGCCAGUAUAUCUGGUACGUUCUCGAGUACCACACAGACCGAUCAACAGUCAACGGGUUCUGGCAGCAACAGAGGCGCCAUCAGUAAGAUCCCGAUGCUUCCGGCUCACAGUACCGCGGCCAGACCAGAAGACCUCGGUGUAACGCCCUGGUACCUCGAGGAUUACCCUACCAUAGAUUCCUCGCCGGGGCCCAUGGGCGAUCGGAGCUCGUAUCCCUCGUACUCGCACAUGGACACGGAGAUGAAGCCGGAAAGCACGUCCACGAGGAAUAGCAGCAUCGACAGCGAGGUACCACGACCUGGUCCAGCGAGUACCGCACCUAGGAAGGCGUACAUGGAUCUGAGAGACGCCAUUGCUCUGCUGGACGAAACCUGCCCGAACCAGGAGCCCAGUCCGUCCCUCACGCCGAGAACACCCAGGACCCCGUUAACGCCACACCCGAGGAAUAAACGGGCGCGAUCUAAGAGCAGCGACAACUCAUCGAACUAUAGCAGCGAGAAAUUAAACGAUCGAUCGUUCGAGAAAGAGGGUAAGGAGAAGAAGAGACCGUUUUUGAAGAAGAUCGGCAUCUCGAAGACGGAGGACAAGCCGUUCCUGGCGAAGCUUGCGCCUAAGAUAACAGGCAAGCCUUACUUGGAGAAAAUCGGGCCUAGCAAGGCGGUGGAGAAACCUUUCUUGGACAAGAUUGGCUCGUCGAAGACGUUGGAUAAAUUUAUAUUCGAUACUCCGCGUUAUGAAAGGCGGGGCGUUAAGAAUGAAACGUGUGUGGAGGAAACAACGGCGAAGACCGAGGAAACGAAGAAGGCGGAAGAGAAAAGGGUUCAGAAGAACAUGAGAGUGGAGCAAUCGUUCGACGUUCAACGUAGAAGGUCUGCUAAAGGUCCUUUGUUGAAGAUGUAUUCGUUCGAAACCGAGGAUCUAGAAUCGACUGUGCAAGUAAAGGAACUUAGAGAUCCUCUCAGAGGUGCUUCUUUGGACGAUGUCCUGGACUCCGGGCCUAGCUCUUUGCCAUUGGAUACUACCACCACGACGGAAGAGUCGCCUAAAUUGGAAACGAAGGAACGGGCCAGCAACGGAGCUGAAUUGCUCAUGUGUCGCGUUACAACUAGCGAGGAAAUCAUUUUUACUAACACGAGUGUCAGUUCUGAUAAAGAACUUAAUAGCUGGGACAAUUCACCAAGAAAAAGAUGGCUGCUGAAGAGAGAUCCAUCGACACCAAGGACACCUACUCAUCGAAAGGUGAUGCAGAGCUCGCAGGCCGUUGAACAGACGCAAGAUAGCGUUUCCAAUUCGCCAGUGAAACGUCCAAUCUCAUCUGUUCUGCCAGAUCAAAAUGAAUCACAAGCUGACUCCUCGGAGAAAAAUAUUUAUUCGCCAAUGAAGACCAGAAGACAGACAUAUGAAGACCUGCUGGACAGGGAUGGCAAGGAUCAGGGUGAAAAACCUAGCAAACAGGCGCAGUUUGAGAGAAGAGGAAUUUCUUCGGAUAAUCUUUUGUCCAAGGAUCGCUCUAUCGCUUCUGUCGGAUACCAAGAAAGAGACCAGGUCGAAAAAACUAGGGAAGCAUCGUCAGAGGAUUCUCUGGCGCAUAGGAUAGGUCAGGAGUAUUCCAGAGAAACGUUCAAACAGCUUCAGGAUAAGUUUAAGUACCAUGAAAUUCCUACUGAAACGUACGCGGACUUCAAAAGACGCACAAGAGGCAACGUUCAGAGCAUAAUUGGAAGGCAACAGGAACGACUAAAAGCGAAUAACACCGUACCAGAUGCUCGUGACAAAAGUCCCAAGGAUCCUACGUCAAAAACAGACGAAGCGUCAAAGUCGGUAAGUUCGACUCCCGCUAAGAUGGAAACAGAUUCGACUUCGGAAAGCAAGAACGAAGUGGUACGAGUCCAUGGAGGUACAGUUAGAUCUGUACUAAAGAAACAACAGGGAAUAGAUCACCCUAGUGAUCAAGACUCGGAUACUAAUUCAUCCAUAAGACGACCGAAGAGAAGGAUCUUCCACGAACCGUCGCAAGAGACAAUGGACUUGCUGACUGAGCUGAGGAAGGUGAAGAGUUUGCUAAAGACUCCGUCAUGGGAGAAGGAGGAUCUUGAACUGGAUAAAAAACCAGUUCGACAGCCUAAGCGUAUUCUGUUGACCGACAAGGAAUUCUGUCUGUCUGUUGAACGGGAAAAUAGUAUUCGCCGUCCAUCGAGGGUGAUCAAUUCCCUAGAAAGAACAGAGGAAGGACAGCUUGAUAGGAAGCAAGAGGAAGAUCGGCAAAAAGAGAAGGAGAAAGAGGAAGAAACGAAGGAGUCCGAUGGAGGAAUUCCUGGCCCGGCUCUGUUUGAGAAGAAGUGUUUGUCGUUGGACUAUGCCGACGAGGAAAAACCACAGAAACCAGAAGCUAGAGCUGUAUCUUUGGCUUCUGCCAGGAAUUUGCCUUCGGAGGUUGAGGAAGCGGUCGAUUACUCGGAUGUAGCGUUGAUAUGCGACUCCAAAAGCUAUUCCUCCGAUGUUUUCAACACUCCAUCGGAUGAAACUAACGAGAAAGAGCGCGGUAGCGACUCGGAGAAAAGCGUUCCGAAGAAUAUGAGCCAGAAUCACUGCGCUGAAGUCGAUAUCGCUAUUCCUAUCGAUCAGAAGGCAAGCAGUCCAAAGGGUAGGGUUCAGAUUCAGGGUAGGACUAGCGAUCUUUACGAGAUCAUAUCCCCGAGAUCAACGCCAUUCCGAGUAAAAAAGCGACUCGGCAAGAUCUCUGUCGAGGAGACGGUCAAGCCGGAGAGUUUCACCCUAGGUUCUAAGGUCGACUGCCGAUCCACCGUUGCCCAGAAACGGACCAAGUGCUUCCCUUUAUAACGCACGCCGACCUGCCAGUGGGCGAAACGCUCUCUGACGACGUCCUGUGUUUGGCGUUCACUCUGAACGAAAUUCGAGCCGAGAAUAAUGGCAAAUCUGUUGGUCCUAUCGUUUAACUCUUCUGAUAAAGAUGGAUGGUGAGAUUGAUUUUGGAGAUGAAUUGUAAUAUAGGUGGUUGUAGACUGCUUUCGAAUCCAUCUUUGAUUCUCGAGUACUGUCUUUUCGCUGUUUAGACAAACUUCUUUUUUUUUCUAACAGUGAUCAUAAUAACAAUAGGUUGUUCCGAGUUAAGAAUAAAUUUAAUUUGAUAAAUAACAAAUGUGUUAUAAAAAAUUAAAUGAUGAGUAUCAGGAGGGUUAACAUGGCCUGGUGUACUGCCACGCCCUUAUCUCGCUCUCAAUUUCUAUCAGGGCGAAAAUAGCAAUCAACGUUCGCAGUUGUUCUUGGGGAUAAUCAUACGAACUUAAAUUCGACUCUCAUUUCUUUUUUCUGUUUUCUUUUACUGAGAAACGCAAUCAAAAGGUACAUAAGCGGGACGAUAAUAUUUCCUAAGAAACUAUGGUGAAGAACUUAUCUAAAUUUUUGAUUUUCGAUAAAGUUAUGAUUUUCGGAACGUCCAUUUUCUCCAAGAUGCGAGCGAUUAGAGACGGAGAGGAUUUCCUUAAAGCUCGAGAGUCGUCAGUGCUUCACACUUACGCAGAUAAUAUUCUAAAAACGCAUCCCGACCACUUUUUACCCGACGUUUCGCGAUAGGAAACGGCUCGAAGAAGCUCGACAGAUCGACGCGAAAUUUUCCACGCAGUGUAUUAUAUCCGAACAUCCGACAACGACGAAAAAACGGUGUCGCGCGCACACUUCCGCCUGUCGAGCAGUGCCUUGUUCGUGGAUAUAUUUAUUUAGACAAAAAUGAGAAAAAACAAAAAAACGAAGAAAAGAUUAAGCGAAAGAAUUACGAAGAAUCCUAUCGAACGAUAAUUAAGUAAAAAUGAAGAAAAAAAGAGAAAAAAAAUCACAAAAAAAAAAUAUAUAUAUAUAAUAUAUAUUCCGACUGCGGGCCGGAUUUUCUGAAUGGGUCCAUGGAGUUGUGCUUUCGAUUACGCGCAUCACGAAUGUUCUCUCCGACGAAUCUUUGAGGAAAAGGAAACUUUCACUAAGCUUCCGAAAUUAUAUACGAAAGCAGAAUGACAUAGAAACGCGAAUUUGUACUCUUUUCAAAAAUCUAUUUGGAUCAAAAACUUCGUUCAAGUUAGUUGUGUUACUUGAAUUCAACGGAUUAGUAAUAAGACUUUAAGUUUGAAUUCGUACAAGUCGAGUUACUUAACUUUCCAUCCGAUAAUUUCACUUGAAGAGAAUAUUUCCGACGGAAAAUAGAGGCGGAAGCAGUUGCGUAUGUAAAUGAAACGUUAAUUAUAUAAUUAUAAACGUAAUUUGUAAAAUCCAUAAGUAUAAUUGUAAACGUAAUUUCUAAUCCAUCCUGUGAUGUAUAUUGUACAACGUAACGCAAAAUCAUCUCAAGCUGGAGAUUAAAGCUGUCCUAAUAAGAAGAAAGUAAAUGGUACAAGAUCUCGCGUCCGCGAGCAAACUUCGAUUUACUCGAAUUUGAAUUGUUUGAACGUAGGUAACUCGGCUAAUCUGAACGAAGUUAAAAAGGGACGAUCGGACGACAGAAGAGACUAGGAAAUCUCGCGAGAGAGUGCAACUCCCACGCUUGCCAAGCCUAUUCCCCGUUCGGCGAAGCGCGUGACGUUUUAACGACGUAAAGAAAAACGUAAUAUAUUAUAUUGUAUCGGAGAAUAACAGAUUGUUACGUUCCUCUUAUAAUUUUCUAGAGGUAGAUAGGAUUGAUAAACAACACUCAAUGGAAUAAUACGGAAAGUAAAGAAUAAAUGUAGAUAUAUAAAUAUAAAUAUAUAUAUAUAUAUAUACACAGAGGCAAAAAAAUACAAUGACACGUAAGGAGAAAAAGAAAAAAAGAAAAAAUGGUACAUACUAUCGUUACUCCGAUGGAAUAUUUGUACGUAUUCUAUAUACUAUAUAUAUUAUAUAUAUGACUAUUAGAGACUAAAAGCGAGUUGGUAUAUAUGUAUAUAUAUACUUGCCACGUGGUGUAUACGCGUAUGUAUAUAUAAAUAUAUAUAUAUAGAAGCGUAUGUGUACCUAAAUAGGUGUACUUGUACGGAUCCUAUAGUUGACGAAAUGUGCCAAACAAAGAUACGAUUUAUUGUAUGUUAUGGAGUUACUUUUAUAUACAUAUAUUUAUACAGAGGGUUUGCGUAAAGUAUAUAAAACCCCGAAUUGAAGAUUCUUAACGUAUUCUAAGUGUAGAGAAACUCUGUCAAUGUGGUACGCGGCGUCAAAUACGUCGCGCCCUUUUGUUUAACCGAUGUACAGGAUGGUCCACUUAUUACGAUCGUUUCAAAUGUCACUUUUAUAUUUAAGGAGAGAAAAGAGAAAUAUCCCCGUAAUAUCGAUAAUACCAAUAGGCUGAAAAGUUAUUUUAAGAAAUAUAAUUUACAAAAGGUAGGAUCUAUCGCGAUUCAAUUGGCAUACAGAAAUUCUUAAUUCUCACGUUUGUAAUGCAACGUGAAAUUUUAGAUAAUUAACGCCAUACGAUUAUGUCAACACCGAACGAUUAAUUUACUUACGGCAAUUGUCGAGCAUUGCUCUCCUCAUUCGAAAAACUGCAAUCAUCGAUAAUAAAAUAUAACGGUGUCUUUUUUAAUAAACUGGUAAAAUUCUAGCUACGGAGUAUCGAUCACGAGAAAGCUCAAAUUUUAAUCGACGAGUGGACUCGCGUGAACCCAAGGUUCAUCUCACGAGACAUUCGUCUUCGUAAAGUUUGAAAAAUCGUCGUUCUUCGCCGUCUAUCCUCCUCGUUAUCAAAAACGGAGUAUAUUUGAAGCGAUCGUGGUUUAUGGAUUGUCCUCCAUAUAUAUGCGUAUAUAUAAUAAACGAAUGUGUAUGUGAGUAGAAUAAUAAGGGAGCAGAAAAUUCGCGCAGCGUCGGUAGAACAGUAAUAUCGAGCUCAAACAUCGUCUUCGAUUCGAGGAAUUAUAGAUUUUGAAGAAAACGCUCUGUAUCGUUACGUGAGCGCGGACGCAUCCAAACGAUCGUAGGUGUUUAGACGCGCGUGUAACAAGUACACGCGAAUUGUCCAUUGCACAGGUGAAGGUGCGCGUGCAGAUUACGUGUAUACGUUCGUGUACCUAUAUGAGUGGAUAUCGUAUAUGGUACUUACUUACACGUACACGCAUUCUCAUCGACUAUAAUUUUAUUUAAAAAUCGCUAUCCACCCGUGGUACUCGUUGCUUCUCCGCCAGUUUAUCCCUUUUUCUUUCGACGUACUUAAAUUUAGAAAAUCACUGAAAUUUCCUAUUUUAACGUCUCUACGAUAAUUGUCGAAUCGAUUAAGGAAUCUUUUUCUGAAAUUAUUAUCUCUUAUCGUACGAUUGUCGUAACUUAGUUUCUUUGAUUUUUCACCGACUUCUAAAAUAAUUGGUGAAAUAAUCGAAUAAUAUAAUUUCUUCUCUAUUUCCUCUUUCGGUCUUUUUAAAUCAUAGAAAUUUAAUUAUAAAAAUUCGGUCAUUUUGCGCGAAGAAACUUAAUUCGUUAUCAGAGUAAAGAUCUUUCUUAUCUGAUAUGACAGUAAAGUGUAUCGUUGAUCGAUUCGUACGAAUCUGUUACAAUUAAAAGCAACGAGUACCUACUUGCUCGUAUGAAACAUAAUUCACGAUUUUCUUGUUCGGUAAACCCCGUGCAAUGCGCAUCGUUUACGUUCGACAAAGUGCAAUCAAAAAAUAUGGUGAGGCAGGGUUCGCGUUCUAAUUCGGGGCAUAAAUCGUCCAGACUCGUUCUUAACUUGGGAAAAGUAAGAGGAACAUCACAACAGCUAUCCGUCCAUCUUAUCGGCUGUCCAUGCUCUUCGUCUGUGUGCGUACCGCUAGAAAUGCGUGCUUCUCGUCUACAUAUACAAUUGUCCAUGUAGAACAUCCUUUGCUUUACCAUAACGAGGUCAGAUGAAAUUGAGAAUGAUAAUCGAAGAAAAGUUAUUUUCAUUUAUAAGAAAAAUUUGAAUAGAUGCUGUACUAUUUCAGAGAAAUCUAAGGAUCGCGUAAUGUAGAAUAUAAAUUUGGAAGAUCUAGAAACAGAGUAUUCCGCUGAUAAUUACAAAGAAAAGAGUUUUUUUCAAUAAAGGUUAUAUGAUAAAUAAAAAGAAAUCUUCGAAAACUGAUAUAGACUUUAAAAUUACUUUUCAAAUACUUUCGUUCGAUGUACUCGGAAACUAAUUAAAAAUCAUCGUACAAUGUUUCAUCUACUCUUUCGGGGUCUUGAAAUUUGAUUUUCAAAAUGAAAAGUUUCCAUACUUCUGAUGCUGAAAAUUUAAAUAAAAAAUUAAUUAGAAUUAGCAAAUAAAAGGAAUAUUCCUUAAGGAUAAUCUACUUUAGGCACAGAGGACCAGAAAUGAAAAUAAAUUUUGCUUCAAUAGAUGACAAAUCGAAUCGUAGAUAUUGAGAAGAAAAGCAACGCAAGGUAAAUGAAAAGCACGCAGAUCCGUUCUAAAGUAUUAAAAAAACACAGAUCAAAGAUUCGCGAGGAGUAGAGAUCGUUAUAUUCGGGUUUUAAACUAAGUACGUUUCUUUCUCGCGGGCGAGAUUUUAGUGGCCGAGAACGAAACCCUAAACACGUCCAUUCGUCACGGUCGCAUGCAUGAACUUUUAAAGUUUUAUUGAAGAAGAAUUUAUGGGCCGUAUUAGAAAGUUAGCCGUACGAUUUUCUUAUUCCCGCUGGAAAUUUCGCGCUCGAAUGAAUUUUAACGAUUUUACGCCCCGAUCAAUCGGUGAUUGUUUUCAUUCGAUUGUUCUAUCACAUUUUACUGGAGUAUUUUACUGGAGCCUUCGUUGCUACGAAAAAAUAACGAGGAUUCUUUUAAAAAAGAAAGGAUUUCCUUUUUUGUUUAUUUGUUCGUUACUCCUGACGAAUGUUUUCUAUCGUUGUUUGGCCGAAUGGUUGCUAAUGUUUUAAUGUUUCAAGGGAAAGUGGAAUAUCGAUGUGUGGUAUUAUAAAAUCGGGAAAGAUUUUGAUAUUGAAUGAUUGGAUAGUUGUUGUUACACUAAAAUAUAUAGUAUAUUUUAUUUGUUGUAAAAGAAAGAUAAUAUAUGAAUGCACAUGUGAGACAACGGAGAAGCUUUUGAAACGUAAACGUACGAAUACUUGGACUAAUCGACAAUAUGAUGGAAAUGACCUAACGUUUAAUGUUUCUUUCAAGCUCGUUGAAAGCAUGUACAGAUUUAUUAGAUUUUUUAAAUGUUGAAUGUUUAUGUUGUCCAAUUGAAACUGUAUUCUAAGCGAACGAUUCUCUUGCAAGAUGUACUAGACUUGAAGAUACGUAUUGUUCGAGCGUCGAGUAUUUAAAUUACGCGCGCAAUUCACAAGCCGAAUCUCGGGACUUUGGACGCGUAUGUCUUUCAGAUGAUGAUAGUUCUUUCUUUUUUCCCUAUACGAUUUUUGGCAAUAAAAUUAAACGUCUCGUUUUACGUGUAUGGUAACGUCCAGAAAUCCCUAUUUCUAUGGUAAAUGCCAAAAAAUUAGAAAAUACGGAAACAAGACAGAAAUGCAGUAAAAUAGAGGAACGACGUAUCUUUGCCUUUUUUCUCUUUCUCAAAAGGGACAUUAUCUUUCUUCGAGUAGUCGGAAACAUCUGAUUGCAAUUCGUAUAUAUGAGAAAAUACAUUUUCGACAUUCUACUGCUCUAUUCGAGUCAAUAAAAUCUUCAUCGGCAAUUAUAUCACACCGUUGCAACGAAUAUGACUCGACGUAAAUAUUUUUUCCUUCGUCUUCUUUUUUUUUUAAAGAUAUCAUACAUCGCUUGAAUAAAGUUAAAUUAAAAGACACUUAGUCCCGCUCUGUAAGCGUCGUUCUUCUUAUUGAUAAUUAACAAACAUUUUGAUCAUCAUUUUUGAAAAAUGACGAACGAAGCAAGAAUAUAACGUACUCGUAUAAUUUGCAAAAAUUCCACUGAACAAAAAUGAAUUUCAUAAAUCUGUCACCACAUGACGAAUGCAUAAAUUUUCUAAUCUGCCAAUCUGGUUAACUACUUACGAUGAAAUGAAAAUUUGCAAUGCAGGUUCGUCACAAAAGUGAAGAGAGAUUAAUUUUUAUUAGGUAUAAUUAUUAAUCAGAUUCAAGUGAAUUUGAUUGUAAUAACAGUAUUGAUAUUUUUGCAUUGUUAAUAUCACGUAAUUAUAAUAUAUAAUAUAGCGAUACACGUAAAAUGAGAUUGCAACGUGAAAUAAAAAGAAAAAGAACGAUGUUGUCGCGAAUCAAAUGACAGGAUGAAUUUUUUAAAGCACAAGACGUUAAAGCGUUCAAGAACUCAUUUUCACCAAGUUUGUCAUAUUUGCAAUUUCUCCCUUCCGUGCAUCGUUUUGCCCGAAAAAGUACGAAAUACCAUGAAAAAACGUUGAGAACGAGUUCUAAAUGCAAUCCAUUUAUCGAACUGACAUUAAAUGGCGAGCGAAUGAGCGACGUUUUGUAAAUUGUGUGAUAAGUGAUUUAAAUAAAAACACGAUGUGGUACAUUUUGUGUAACAUUGGUACAUUGUUGUAAAUAAUAAAUAGAUCGUAUGUUGUA